AUGGCCGCUGCCCCCCGACGUAGAAAGCUCAUCGGCCAACGACGCCGAGUCGAGGACGAGGGCGACGAUGAGGGCCGUCCGGAGACGCUGGAGCUGGAUGACGACUCCCUGACCGAGGGCUCCGUCAUCUCCGACGACCACGAUGGAGCUGAUGAUAGCGACACCAGCAACAUCGACGAGGUGUCACCCACCUCACCCAACGCGCGGAAGUCUGCCAACGGCACCGCAAAGGGGGCCGGCCACAGAGCCGCCAGGGCUGGUGCUCAGGGAGAUGGCAACAAGUCUGUGUCGGAUACCGAGCUGAUGCUUCAUGGCCUGUCCAUUGCGGAUCGGCCGGACUCUGCACAGGAGCUACAGUUCGACGAGGUGACGCCGUCGCCACCCAAGUCGCCCUCUGCUCCUGUCAUUGUUAGCUCCUCGUCUGCCAUGCGGUCUCAGCCUGGGCAACCAGCCAAUCGACGCCGACAAGAGCACGAGGAUUACAAGCGCCGGAGGGACGAGGACCCGGCCUUUGUGCCCAACCGGGGCUCCUUCUUCAUGCAUGAUCAUCGGCAUCCGGGGCCGGCCGCGAAUGGCUUCAGGCCGUUUGGAAGAGGUCGGGGCAGAGGUGGUGGUCGCGGUGGCAUCGGGGGCCCUUUUGCUCCAAUGAAUAACCAGAUGCACCACCCCGCCGAUCCGACCACAAACUCCCCAUGGACGCACGACAUGCACGAGACUGUCGCAGACGUGAUCCCACGUCGCCCUCGGCAAGCACCUCAUGAGGAGGGACCGCCUAACGGCAAUGGCUUCAUCCCCACGUGCGAGCCCAGUGCUACUCCCAUCAACAGAACCUUGUCGACUGAGAAACACAUCGGCAACGCUCAAGUCCGCGUCAUUCUGCCUACGGUGGCCAUCUCGAAGGUGUUUCCUGGCUUCCCGGUCAAGCAGUACACGAAGCUGCCCGACCACCGCCCGCCCCUGCGUAGGGACAAGCCGGUUCGCAUCUCCCUGCCGAACCAUCCUCCGAGAUACAUCUUCCCCGCUUCGGACCGAUCGUUCACCUUCAUCCCCCGUGCAUUACGCCCCAAUCAGCAGCGACUUAGAGGUAAGCCCCGCUACUAUGGUGGAAGCAUAUACUCCCCCAGUGCUGCCGUCAGCAGGCGGUCAUCCAUCGUGGUGCACGAUAGGGAGGCCAUAUUUUCGCCUACCGGGUCCAUCAUCUCCCGCCCCGCACCACAAGCCGAUACCAGGCCUGUGGUCCGUCUACCUCCGGCUCCGCAAACAUUCAAUAUGCCGCCUGUUGGAGUUGAGGUGCCUGUAGGCCAAUCGGACCCAAUGUUGAUGGCCGGACAGGAGGCUUCGAUCGUCGACAUGCCCCAGCCACAAACACAUCCCCUUCCGCAGAAGCCCAAUUUCCAGGAGAACUUCCCAGCAUCGAUCCCAAUGCACCAGCCUCGCCCUCAGAAGAACAUUUCUGUUGCGGGCAUCGAGUCGCCAACGAUGUCGCAGAAUGGCCCGGGCUUCCAGCAAGCCUUCCACCAGCAAGUUCCCGUGCAGAUGGCAAACGGAUACCAGGACUCGCACGCUCGCCGGCCUUCAUACUCAACCCAUGUCUCGACCGGCACGCCUCUGUCCCAAAUCCCAGAGCGGGCUAUACACGCCGCGCCGUUCCAGCCCAACACGUAUGGUCAAACGGCCUACUAUGGCGGCCAGCCGUACCAGCCUCAUCCUCAACAGGGAUACUACUAUCCGCAUGGCUACUCUGGCCCAAGCAUGCCCGCCUCUGCUGUCACCGCACCUCCAUUCGUCCCCCAGGGACAGCCGGGCAUGCCUGGAAGCUUUACACCUCAGAAUCCAAUGGAGCAGCCAGGUGUCAACGUGACGGGGCCACCGGCACCCCCCAAUACAAACCUCGUGGCCCAGGAAGUCAAUGGCAUGGUUUACUAUUAUGAUGCUUCUCAGCUGCCGUCGGUAAACCCUUACCAGUCGUACCCUGCCUCACAGCCAUAUCAGCCUAGCGUGAUGGGAAUGGGUGGAAUGGUGACUCCCAGCCCCGACGGCUUCUACUACCCUCAGCCCGCGCCGGGCAUGGUCUAUUACUCACAAUAG